GUCGGGAUGGUCCAGGUCACAGAAUAUUAAAGAGAAGGAGCAUCCAGAGGACGAGCCAAGCGUCCGAGGCAUCGGUUGCAGUUGGGAAUGAACCACAGAUUUAGGAUCCCGGGGCAUUGAUCGCCGGCACCCCAUCGCUCACUUCCCCCCAGGGCCAGCUCCGGGGAGUCGGGACACCGCGUCCCCGCGCGGUGGCUGGGGCUGCAUUUUUCAUGAGCCCCGGGUGAACAGGUGCGAAGUGCGUCGGAGAGCAUCCGGCCACCGGUCGGGAGCAGAGAACAUGGAGAGCGAGCGCGACAUGUACCGCCAGUUCCAGGACUGGUGCCUCCGGACUUAUGGGGACUCGGGCAAGACCAAGACGGUGACCCGUAAAAAAUACGAGCGGAUCGUCCAGCUCCUCAACGGCGCCGAGUCGAGCUCCACGGACAACGCCAAAUUUAAAUUCUGGGUCAAAUCCAAGGGCUUCCAGCUGGGCCAGCCCGAUGAGGUCCGCGCGGGGGGCGGCGGCGCCAAGCAAGUGCUCUUCGUGCCGGUCAAGACCACGGAUGGCGCUGGGGUCGAUGAGAAGUUGUCUCUAAGAAGAGUGGCUGUGGUUGAAGAUUUCUUUGAUAUUAUCUAUUCGAUGCAUGUGGAAACGGGGCCAAAUGGAGAGCAAAUUAGAAAACAUGCUGGACAAAAGAGAACUUACAAAGCAAUUUCAGAGAGCUAUGCCUUCCUACCAAGAGAAGCGGUGACACGGUUUCUAAUGAGCUGCUCUGAGUGCCAGAAAAGAAUGCAUUUAAACCCAGAUGGAACCGAUCACAAAGAUAAUGGAAAGCCCCCUACUUUGGUGACCAGCAUGAUUGACUACAACAUGCCGAUUACCAUGGCCUAUAUGAAGCAUAUGAAAUUGCAGCUGCUAAACUCACAGCAAGAUGAGGAUGAAAGUUCAAUAGAAAGCGAUGAAUUUGAUAUGAGUGAUUCAACACGGAUGUCAGCGGUGAACUCUGAUCUUAGCUCCAAUCUUGAGGAAAGAAUGCAAAGUCCCCAGACUCUACAUGGCCAGCAAGAUGAUGAUUCUGCUGCGGAGAGCUUUAAUGGCAAUGAGACUGCGGGGCACGGGUCUGUUGCUUCCGGGGGAGCACACGGCAGGGAGAUGGGAGACUCCAACAGUGAAAGCAAAACUGUGCUGGAGCAGGAUGAGCAGCCACUGAACCUGAGCGACAGCCCGCUCUCGGCGCAGCUGACGUCGGUGUACAGAAUAGACGAUCCCAGCAAUGACGGCAAAAACAAGUACAAGAACCUGCUAGUUUCGGAUCUCAAGAUGGAACGAGAGGCGAGAGAAAACGGCAGCAAGUCUCCCGCACAUAGCUACUCAAGCUAUGACUCUGGCAAAAAUGAGAGUGUGGACAGAGGCGCUGAGGACCUGUCGCUGAACCGGGGCGAUGAGGACGAAGAUGACCACGAGGACCACGAGGACUCGGAGAAAGCAGCCGAGACAGACGGCGGCGUGGAAGCCGAGCGGCUGAAAGCUUUCAAUAUGUUUGUCAGGCUGUUUGUAGAUGAAAACUUGGACCGAAUGGUCCCAAUCUCUAAGCAGCCCAAAGAAAAGAUCCAAGCUAUCAUUGACUCAUGCAGGCGACAAUUCCCUGAGUAUCAAGAGCGUGCCAGAAAACGCAUACGUACUUACCUCAAGUCCUGCAGGCGGAUGAAACGAAGUGGUUUUGAGAUGUCUCGACCUAUUCCUUCCCACCUUACUUCAGCAGUUGCCGAGAGCAUCUUGGCAUCAGCCUGUGAGAGCGAGAGCAGAAAUGCUGCCAAGCGGAUGCGUCUGGACAGACAACAGGACGAGUCCACUCCAGCUGACAAACAGUGUAAGCCGGAGGCAGCCCAGACCACUUACUCCACACCAGCUGUUUCAAGCUCUCAGGAGGUGUUGUACAUCAAUGGAAAUGGGACCUACAGUUACCAUAGUUACAGAGGGCUAGGAGGGGGACUGCUAAAUCUGAAUGAUGCUGCCAGUAGUGGACCCACCGAUCUCAGCAUGAAGAGGCAGUUGGCACCCAGCUCAGGAUCGUCCAGCAGUUCAAGCUCCAGACCCCAGUUGAGCCCAACUGAAAUCAACGCCGUGAGGCAGCUCGUUGCUGGAUAUCGAGAAUCAGCUGCAUUUUUAUUGCGUUCUGCAGAUGAACUGGAAAAUCUUAUUUUACAACAGAACUGAGUCAAAUGGCAACCCUAUUCACUGAGGUAGAAAUUUGCAGUUUCCACUAAUGACAUUUUGAUUUCCCAGCAGAGAUGCCUCUGGUCUUACUGCACAGUCUUUUAAGAGAAAUCCCUCCAUUAUGCCACAUUGUCCUUGAUCCAUAAAGUGAUGUGUUAAAGUGCUUCAAAGGAACUCUGACCUCUGAAGUACUGGAGCCGUUUUAAUAUGCCCAGCCUAUUGCUUUUUUGUUUUAGUACGUCAGCAUUAGUGUCGGGGGCAAGAAAGGCUGUGUAGUCUUAAUUCAAGGAUAAAACAGAAGAAUCUUGUGGUGUGCAUACAUUAAAAUAAUAGUUCAAGAUCCUAGUGCAAUAGUAGUGGAAUUUGCUACUGACUCAUUGGACUUGAAAGCUGCAGUAACUGGGAAAGAAAAAAAAAGCCACAAUUUCCUGUUGCUACAGGAUUUAACAACAAUUUAAAAGGAUCUUGUAUUUUAAAAGAAAAUAUGUAAUUUUUAUAAAAAAGAAAACUUGUUUUUCAUUCAAAAUUGUCAUUUUUACUUUGGUAACUUUUUCAAAGGUCCUAAAGAAAACUGUUUUGAGAAACUACUGUAAGCACCCUUUUCCACAUAGCUUUGCCUUCUCUUUCCAAAUUCUUUCUACAAAAAUAACACUUAAUGCUGGGAUAACCCUUGCCUACGUUCUUUCAAGCAUUACAUCAGGAACAACUUCCAAGAGAAGCCUGCGUUUCAGCACCCAUGUUCAUCUCAAACAUCCCACUCUACCCUGCAGCUUUACCAUAUGCAAUUUUUAAUCUAAAAAAAAAGAUUAAAAUAAGACAUAUCGUUGAUAGAUCACAGCUGCUCGGUCCUGAUUGUCGCUGCUGUCUUACAGCCAUCUCUCUAGCAGCAACUGGAUGUAGAUGACUGAAUGUUAAGAGGUUGCAAAUGACAAUCUGAAAAUUUGCACUCUUGUAUGUGUAGUUUUCUUUUCAUUUCUCUCCUUCAGAAAUCAUUUCCAAAAACCAACAACAACAACAAAAAGACUGUUACCUCUCUUGAUAUGAUUUGUAUACUUUCCAAUUUCUGGGUAAAAAAAAAUGGUGUCAAGAACUCUCAGCAGAUGCAGCUGCAAACUUAUAAUGAACUGUUCCCUCACUUUCCCCUUCUUUGGUUAUUUUAUAGUGUUGAACACACAUGGAUGGUGUUUUCUUUGUGCACUGAAGCAAGCCUAUUUUUAAAAUAUUUAGGGAGAAGUUCUUUAAUUUAUGCUUCUUGUACGAUUUUUUCCAUUGUUUAGCUUUGGUUGGAUUUCAGAUUUCCUGUGCAUUCCUGAAUUUGCCUUAUUUCAUUUAUGUAAUUUAUGUAAUUCCGUUUUUGACGAUGAGUCUAAGGCAUCCGUGAUAUUUCUUACUACUUAUUACAUAUAGUUUUUCAAGUAAUGACUGUGAUUGUGACCAAGUAAUGUGCACUUUUUCUUGUAACUGUGGACAUUGCUAUGCUUUUUUCUUCUAGUGUUUCUAGAAUUAUUGUUCCUUACAGUUACGUAAACAAAAACAAAAAAAAUAACUUUGUGAUACUGUUGGUGAAUAUAAUGUGAAAAUCUUAUUGAAAUAUGAGUAUUUUGGAAAUACAUAGAUGCACAGACACCUUUUAAGGUGUGGAUUUAGAGUUUGCUUAUUUAAAUGAAAAUUUUAAAACUGAGGGCUGGUAUAAUUUUCUCUGUUUUGUUUGGUUUAAUAAACAUAUUUCUGUGUUUAA